AACGACGUUCGUACAUCAUAUCGUUCGCUGUGAAGAUAAUGAAAUGCACGGCGACGAAAUGGGCGGACGCGUGCGACUGUGUGCGUAACGCUGCUCGCUUACGUUUAUAUAAUGCCAGACCCGGGAAAGUGAGACACCAUUGAAUCGUCGACCGUCAAAGAGGCACGCGUUUCCGUCUGUCGACAUGAAACUCCGCAUAUCCGUUCUUCUCGUCGCCCUCGUGGCCAUUCUUCUGCACUCUGCCGAAUACACGAGAGCAAACAGCAUAUGUCCUCAAGAAAAUUGCCUCGAUUCGACAAAGUGCGAGCAUUUUGUGGUGGGUGCUACGUGUCCACGAUCGAGUGACACGUGUUGCAGCAUUGUGAAAUCGGAAUACAGGACCCAUUGCAACCACUUCGCGGGCGAGUGCAUGGAUUCCUGUAGCCUGUCUCUGCAUCACGCGGCCGUCGAUUGUCCAUCGGACAAAGUCUGUUGCACGUUAGUUUAAUCCGUGAAGAGAGGAACAAAAAAACAGGCAACAACGCCUGCCCACCAUCUGAACAAUAGCGUUAACGUAACACCGAUUACGAAUCUCGACACCGACCUGAUCUAUGAAUGUAUGAAUCCCGUAUCAUCUGUUCGCAGCACACGGUAGAAAAGCGAGUUAAUUGAUUUUACAAUCGCGACUUCGGUGAAUGAUUGGCGCGUGUGUGGACUGUAGCGCGACACGAAAAAUGGCGUGCGCCGCUUGAUAAUUGUGAAUACGUUGCGACACAAGCGCGUGGGACGUGAAAUUAGUGCAAAUGUGAAAACGUGAAAACUUGCGCGAAUAUGCACUUGCUCCGUUCGUUUCUCGUGAAAACGUGAAACGUAACAGUUAGAGGAGAACGUGCUCGUCUUAACAAAGCAUGAGUGUUUGGGAGAUAGUGUUUGUGGAAAUUUGAAUGAGAUCUUUUUUAUUUAUAUAUCUCGAUAAAUCGUUGAAAGAUCGGGAGCUUUUUAUCGAUGAUUUUAUAUGUCGGGAAUAUAAGUUAUUAAUGUUUCUUCGAUGUGUAUUAUUCUUGCGGAUGAUCUUUGAACGAUAUAUCUUUAAUCGAAUACUUUUCCUUUUUUAAUUUCAAAUUUGCGAAACACGGUUAAGCGAUUAAGAGUUGAACGAUAUUCAAGUAAUUUUGAAACGAUCAAUUGUCCACGGAAUAAACGAUCGUGUAUAAUACAA